AUGUCAAUCACCCAAGACUUACAGAUGCUCGCAGAAGGCACUGAUGGUAGAAGGCAUGGAGGUGAGUUGAUUGAUGCAGAGGUCUCUGCAUGCAGUCAGGGUAAGCAGAGGGGAGAGGAUGUGGAGGGGAGCGGAUGUGGAGGGGAGCGGAUGUGGAGGGGAGGGGACGUGGAUGGGAGGGACGUGGAGGGGAGGGGAUGUAGAGGGGAGGGGAUGUGGAGGGGAGGGGACGUGGAGGGGAGGGGAUAUAGAGGGGAGGGGCUGUGGAGGGGAGGGGAUGUGGAGGGGAGGGGAUGUGGAGGGGAGGGGAUGUGGAGGGGAGGGGAUGUGGAGGAGAUAACCAUCGCGCAGGAGGCUUUUGAGAAUUCUCAAAUUGCAGCAGCAGUCACAGCAGAAACGGUGGAGCAGAAGCCCCAUCUGGGUGGGUGCAUGCAACAUUGA